GGAGAAAACAUCUCCUCGAAGUACCAACGCACAUAGCGGAACCUAUUCUUGUGAGCAACGUGAAUAGUGGGACCUAUCUUUGAGAAACACAGGACAUUUUUGCGACCGAAGAUUGGUGUAGAAAUUUGCUUAUGUUGUGAACUGGAAACCAAAUUUAGUAGCUAUUACACAGAUACCAUAUCAGUUAUAAUAUAAUUAAUGUGUUUAGAAAACAAAAUAAGUCAAAAAUGUUGAUUAAAGUCAAGACUCUCACAGGGAAGGAAAUUGAGAUUGACAUAGAGCCCACAGACAAGGUGGAGAGGAUCAAGGAGCGGGUGGAGGAGAAAGAGGGGAUCCCUCCUCAACAGCAGAGGUUGAUCUACAGCGGGAAACAGAUGAACGAUGAAAAGACAGCGGCAGACUACAAGAUCCAGGGAGGUUCUGUACUACAUCUGGUCCUGGCACUGAGAGGAGGGGAGGUCCUUCACUGUCCCACGAGCCUUCUGCUCACCUUGUAACCACCACGCUUGCCUUAGCCCCGGUUAGAUGUUGCCCUUAAGCACAGAUCUAGGAUCAGCUUAACCCUCCUCAAAUCCAAACCGUAAUCGUUAUGGGCGAGAAAUGCAAAACGGACCUUAGAUCAGUGAUUGUGGGCAACUUCAGCUCUAUCCCCUUGGAACCGGCCAAUGUAGACCUUCUCUGAGACAUAUUACAACUGUAAUGAGGUGUUGUCCUUUUGUGUUGGGAGGAUCGCCAUGUCAGCACUCUCUCUUGUCCCUUCCUCGUUUGAGAGUAUGAAACUGAUGCAGAUGUUACGUUUACAAUGCGUGAAAGUGUGAGAAAGUAUUAUUCUUUAGAGAUAGAUUCAUGUAAUGGUUUAGUUUGUCAUUAAAACAUCAGUUUUCCGUGA